UUUUCACUGUGGUUACCAAGCACAUUUGCGUUGUUAAAAGAAAAACAAAAAUAUUGCAUAAAAAACCAUGGAAGGUACGCAAUUACCUGCUACAAUUGCUAAUAAUGCCACCCCAGCAAUAGUGAAAACAACUCUAGGACCAAAUGUUGCAACGCAUGCAGCAGGCGCUCCUCCUGCUGCCACUACUGUCAGUGUGGUGUCAUCGACAUCUGUCAACACUUGCGCAGCCCCUGUCAUACCAACAAAAACAACAAUAACAACAACUCCAUUAACAGCAUCAGUAGCAGCAACAACACUUUUGAGUAAAACUCCGAUUCACAAUUUGCCGAUUGAGUUGCUGCAAAACGACGCUGCCAAGCGUCGAAGUUCAUCGCGUACAAUAAAGCGCAAACGUUUUGACGACGAGAUCGUUGAAUAUAAUUUAACAAUACCAAACAGCCGUGGCGGCGGUGCCGAUGCAAACCGAUCAAACAGACCGCGCACAACAUCGCAGAAUUACACGGGCAUCCCCACAACACCCACGAGUUUGCUGCAGUCGCCUGCAACAACUGUUGUUACCGCGGAGACAUCACAAACUGCGGGCCUAGCUGUUGAGACGUCACUUGGAGUAGCAGCAAGCAACGUUGCAGCAGCUGCCACAACACCUGCAACACCCACAACGCCUGCAACGCCCAGCUUACCGUUGCCCACGAUUAUUGCGCCAGUGCAACAACAACAAACGCAAGCGCAGCCGAAACCCAAACCAAUUAUGGAACGUGCUCCUGCCACAGAGCGCCGUCCACGUCCCGCACGUCCGGCGAGCAACAAGAAGCCGCGUCGCAAUGGACGCCCCCUGGCACAGAUGGCCACCAAGGAUUUGGGACGCUGGAAGCCAAUCGAUGAUCUGGCGCUUGUCAUAGGCAUACAACAAACCAACGACUUGCGCAUGAUUCAUCGUGGGGUGAAGUUCUCGUGCAAGUUUACGUUGCAGGAGCUCCAGCAGCGUUGGUAUGCGCUGCUCUAUGAGCCCGCGGUGUCGCGCAUUGCCGUCUCUGCCAUGCGCAAUCUGCAUCCCGAGCUGGUGGAGUCGGUGCAGCGCAAGGCACUCUACAGCGUGCUGGAGGAGGAUCUGCUGGGCACCAUUAAGAGCACUGAUACACCCAAAUUGGAGCAGUUCCAGGCGCUGCUGGACAAGAAUGCAGCAAUCUUUUAUUGUGCGCGCACAGCAAAGUCGCUCCACAAUCAUUGGCUGCUGCUUAAGCAGUAUUGCCUGCUGCCAGAUCAAACUGUGAAGCCGCUACACGUCAGCGAGCCGCUUAGCUUCUCGGAUGCCGAGGAUCAGAUCUUCGAUCAGGACUUGCAUGAGCCACGGGACGAGGCCUUGGAAGUGGAACUCGCUCUGGCGGAUCGUCGCAACAAACGCGACAUACGUCUGCUGGAGAACGAACUCUCACGAUGGGGCGUACUCGUUGACUCUGUGCUGGGACCCACGGCAGCUAGUGAGUUUGAUAAUCAGACACUAGCUUGUCUGUGUGGACGCUUGGUGCGCUAUUUGAUGCGCUCCAAGGAGAUUACAUUUGGUCGCGAGGCCAAGGAAUGCGGCGUCGAUGUGGAUCUAUCACUGGAGGGACCUGCUGCCAAGAUAUCAAGACGUCAGGGCACCAUUAAGAUGCGCAGCAAUGGCGACUUCUUCAUUGCCAACGAGGGCAAGCGUGCGAUUUUCAUUGAUGGCACGCCGUUGUUGAGUGGCAAUAAGACUCGCUUGGCGCACAAUUGCACUGUGGAGAUCUCGGGACUGCGCUUUACCUUCUUGGUGAACUAUGAGCUCAUCAAUGCCAUACGGCAGGAGAGCGCCAAGACUUCGAAUCCACUGAAUUAGCUUAGCUUUAGAGUAACUUAGAGUUUAAGCAACUGCAGCAAGGUCGCUGUUAUGUAUUUCUAUUCUUAAAACUAGUUCUGGAAAUAUACGAGACAUAAACACUGGCAUAA